AUGGAGUGUGUUCUAUAUGAUAAUAGAAAUUCAAGAGAUACGUUAUGCAAUGGGGAAUUAAUAAAUGAGAAUAUAGAACCGUAUAGUUCUCAUGAUCCAAAUAACACUAAUAAUAGUUGUAAUGAGAGUAAUAGUAGUAAUGGUGGAAAGUGCAAAACUAUAUAUAAAGAAGUUGCUAGCAAUGAGCCAAAUGAAAAUAGUGAAAUUAAAAUAAAUAGCAAAGUACAUGAAAGCAACAAAUUGUCCCUGGGAAUUAAUUGUAUUAACGAUAAUAUUGUUGACAAUUUUAAAACGAUUCAAGAUUAUUCAUCUAAUAACGGGAAAAACAACAAAAAUAUGCAUUUAAAAAAAUUGCCAAAAAAUAAGGCUGAAUAUAAUUAUUUCUAUGAAGAAGGCUGUAUUAAUAGUAAGGGUUCUAAUUUAAAUGAUUCACUUAGUAAAAAAUAUUCCAAUUCAAAUAUUAUACCAGAAAAUAUUGAAAAAUUGUCUAAAAACAUAUUUAAUAAUAAUGAUACAUCUUUUAUUGCUACAACUGAAAAGAGAAGUUUUAGUAACUAUGAAAAUAAGAGAAAAAAACGAUUUAAUAAUCACGAAAAAAAAAUGCACACAUUUAUUGGUAAACAAAAAGACGAUAAUAAUUAUAAUGAUACCACCCCAAUUUAUUCGUACAAAAAUGACGAUGUCAAAGCACCCGAACAUUUCGGCAUAAGUAAUAACAUAGAUAUUAGGAAUAGUUGUAAAAACGGAAACAUGAAUGCAAAAAAUAGUAGCAUUCCUCAUAAUUAUGAUUUAGACAAUAAUAAUGACAAGGAUCUGAAUAACGAUGAUAUCAUAGAUAGAAAUGACAAUGAGAGAAUCAAAAAGAAUGAGAAUAACAUCGAUAAUAAAAGAAGCAGAUUUAUGGGAAAAAGUAAAUCUUUAAACCAAAAUAAUAUUUACGAUGAUAAAGAGGGGAUAAAGUCAUUCGAAAUGAGUACACUUGAUGAUGAUGCAGAAAAAAAUGAUUAUACAAAUGCGUCGAUAAAAAUGAAUUUUGGUAAUAAUUCAAAAUUGAAAGAAAAAAAAAUUGAUACAUAUGGUAGUAUGCCCAAUAGGGAAGCGAACUAUGAUUUUAAAAGUGCAUUAAAUUUUCAAUUUUGUAAAACAAAAAUGUGUCCAUAUAUGAAUACAAAAGAAAAAUGUAAAAGAUUUUCUAAUAAUAUGUGUCCUUAUGCACAUGAUCAAAACGAAUUAAAACCAAUUCCUAAUUUAUAUAAAACUGCAAUGUGCCGGAAUUUUAUGAAAAAUAUGUGUUUCAAAUCCAAGAAAGAAUGCAAAUUUGCACAUCAUGUUGAAGAACUAAGAUCCACUGAUGAAUUUUACAAAACAACAUUAUGCAAAUUUUUCCUUAAUGGGUAUUGCAAGGCAGACAAAAAUUGCAGGCAUGCACAUGGUCAGAAUGAGUUAAAAUGUAGGUCUACAAAUAGUGCACUAUUAGAAAACACAAAUACAAAUAUUAAGCAUUCUAAUACUAAUAAUUAUAGUAGUGGUAGUAACAAUGGCAACAGUAAUAAUACUAAUGACCCUGAUUAUGACAUUAAGAGAUCCAAAUAUUCCAAUAAUAAAAAUUCGGUGAAUGUUUUAAAAUCAUCUGAUGAUUAUUUUUCUCAAAAUGAUAAGGGAAACACUUUAGCAAAGGAAGAAGAUAAUGCUCUAGAAUUAUGUAAUAAUGAAGCAAAUAAUGAAAAUAUGAAAAAAAAAAAAUUUUAUAAUACAUCACGCAAAUUUAUGUCUAUUAGUACAAAGGAUACAUAUUGCUUUACAUCAAAUGGGUUAUCAAAAAAUUAUUUAUCUUUUGAAAAUGAUGACGAUGAAAGCAUAAAAACAAAUUAUGAUUCAAAUUUUGAUAAAAAUGCUGAAAAAAAUAAAUUUAAAAAUAGCGGCAAUUCUAGUAGCUUUUUAAAAUAUGAAGAGUACAAUUCAGAAUGCUCAUUCAAAGCACCUGAAAAUAAUAAUUGUGAUGGAGUAAACAAUAAAGAAAUUAGGGAUACUAUAAAUAAAUCCGUAAAGGAGAAUAUAGAAGUAAGUAGCAAUGAAAGAAAUGUUAAUAAACUAGAAUAUCAAUAUGAAAUGAAAAAUUGCAAUAAUAUUGUAAAUAUGGCAAAGGGAGAAAUGGAAAAUAACAUUGAUAAAGAAGCGAAAAAAAAUGAAUUUGAUGAAUUGAAUAAAGUAGAAAAUAAUAAUAUAAUAUUAAAUGAAAAUUUGCUGUGCCCAAAAGAAAAUGAUAAUACGUGUAAUUUGCAUAACGGUCAUAUAGGAGAAAAUACGCUGGGCCAUGAUGAUCAAAGAAGUUCGAAUGAAUAUAGCAUUCAUGGAAAAAACGAGAAAAAUAAACAUAGCAAGAAAUUAUUAAACCGUUAUGAAAAUAAUAAUAAUAAUAAUAGUAAGGAUAUACUAAUAAAUUCCUAUGAAAAUGAAAAUAAAAAAUUUAAUGGCAAUAUUCACAUGGAUGCGCAAAAAAAUUCAAGUAAUAACGGUGCAUAUAUAAAAAGUCGAUCGUCUACCAUAUCUAAUGAAAAUAAUAAUUAUUAUUGUGGCAUACCCGGGGAUAAAAUUCUUGGAAAAAAUUGCGAAUAUGAAGAUAAUUACGGAAAUAAAAAUAUUAAUGCACAUAAUUAUGAAAUAAAUAAAAAAAAUACACACGAAUAUAAAAAAUCAUGCAAUAAAAUUAAAAGAAAUUUUAAUAACAGCGGUAAUUAUAGUAAUUGCUACGAAAAUAGUUUCAAUAGCAAUAUGGAAAAUACAACUAAUGAUUGUUAUAAUAAUACAUAUAUAAAUAAAUCACAUAGUAAAAAUGGCAAUAAUGAACAUGUAAUAUAUCCAAAUCAAAGAUACAGCAAUAAUAAUAAUAAAAGUGGAAAUAGAAAUAGUAGCAAUGUAAAUAGUAAAUGUAGUAACAAUUAUUGCUAUAAUAACGAUGAUAUGAGUAAUUUUGUGGGGGGUGCAAUAGAUAAUAAUAUACCUGCUAAUAAUUAUGGGCAUAGUAAAGUAGAAAAUGGAAGAAUUAGUAAUAAUAGCGGUCGAAAUAAUAAUUAUUAUGGCUCUUAUAACAGUCACGAUGAUAAUACAAAUAGAUACAUGAAUAAUAACAAAAUAAAUUUUAUAAAUGGAAAACAAAAUAAUAAUUAUGAUUUAUACCGAGGUAAUACAACUAAUGGGAACUACAUUAACAAUAAUAAUUACAAUUCGCAUGAACACCCUUUGUCUAUGUCGAAUAAUAUGAUAAAAUCGAGUAAAAAUUAUAAGGGAAAAAAAAAUAUUUAUAUUAAUAACGAUAAUAAUAGUCAUCACGAAAUGUUUAAUGGCAAUUAUAAUAAUAAUGAAUAUUAUAAUAGUACUUAUGAUGACUAUAAUAACAAUGGUUAUAAUGAUUAUCAAAAUAAGAAGAAUAAAAAAAACGAUAAUAAUCGUAAUAAUAAUGAUAAGAAAAACAACAAAAACAAAAAUAGUAAUGUUAACAAUUUGUACCUAGAAAAUAACGCAAAAUCAAGAGUUAAUAACUAUAGUAAUAAUGAAUUUACCCCAAAUGGAAAUACGCAUAAUAUAGAUAGUUGCAAUAUAUCAAAUGGUGAGUUUUUAAUUGAUAAAUACAAUAAUGAUGAAUGCAAUAAUGAAUACACUAAUGUAAAGAGUAAUGGUGAUGAACUUUUGGAAAAUAAUGUUUCUACAUAUGAUUAUGACGAUAGACAAAUUAAUAUUGGAAAUUUGCAUAAAAGGGAAAAAGGAAAUUCUUAUAAUAACAGAAUAAAUCCUAUAAUGAAAAAUAGUAUGGGUAGUAAUAGUUAUAAAAAUGGAGAUAAUCAAUAUUUUAGUAAUAUUAUUAAUGGUAAUAAUAGGACUAAUAGCCAAAUUAACAAACAUCUCAUGCAUAUGAGUAGUAAUGACAGUGAAAGUAGUAAAAGUCAUAGCGAUGUUCAUUAUAAAAAUUCAAGAGAAAAUGAUAUUAGUACUAUCACAAACAAUACAGAUAUUUCAUCAUAUAAUACAAAUAUAAAUAACAAAAAGGUUAUAGCAAAUGAUAACUUAUUGUAUAAGAAGUCAAAAUCUCAUUCUAAUAAUUUAAAAAUUGGAAUCAAGGGAAAGGGGGAGGAAUUUUUAUUCACAAAUGAAUUAAAAAAAAAAAAAAAAAAAAAAAGUAAUAAAAAUGGAAUAUAUUCAAACACGGGUGAAUUAUUUUAUAAUAAAGAACAGGAAAAUAUGAAAAAUGAUAGUAAAGCUGAACUGAAUGAAAAUGGAGAGCAAAGUGAUAGCAGCAGUGUGAAUUAUAAAAAAAAAAGUAAGAUGUAUUCUGGAAAUUCAAUAAACAGUGUGCAUUUAUAUGAUAAAGAUAUUGUUUCUAGAAGUAAAAAUGUGAAAAAUCGAAAUAAAAGCACUUUUAUUAGUACAGAUGAUCGUGUCCACAAUAUCGAUGAUAAUAAUAACAAUGAAACACUCAAUGUAAUGACUUCUUUUGUAACUCCAUUGAAAGAUUCCAAUGCCGAGAAAGGCAAACAGGAUACCCAUAAUUAUUUAUAUAAUAAUAUAGAGAAAAAUACAGAAGAUGAUAUUUUAGAAAAACCAGUAACAGAUACUAAUAUAAAUUUACAAUAUAAUAAAGAUGAUAGAUGUCUAACGAAUGGAGAGCUUAAAACAUGCGUUUCAUGCUGCCAAUAUAUAAAAAAUGUAGAUAAUUCUGAUUUUAUUUUAAUCGAUGAAUCAUGUUUAAAAUGUGGUCAACUUAUUAAAAAAUCACUAUGCCAAACAAUAAUUGAAUUACUAAAGCCACAAGUGCAAUAUAUAUUUUCAGAUGCUAAUUUUUAUGUUCAAAAUUAUCAAGAUUAA